UUGUCGUCUUGUCACUCUUGUGAUGCAUAAUUUUCUAGGAAAUUUCUCUCCUGAAGACUUAUGCUUUACGCUUAAUACUUGUACUGCUCCUCUUGCUCACCUUUCCUAAGCAGAUCUAAAAACAGAGAGGAUGAUCAGAACUCAGUUGCUUCACAGUGGGUUAGAGUUGGCAAAUUUCGCGGUGAGCCUUGAUGUCUUGCACGAUGCAUGGACUGCAAUUUGGGACCUAUACACAGAAAUCAGUCAAAAUGAAAGACCAUCUUCCGCCGUGAUACCCAAAGUUUGUGAGCUACCAAACUGCACCAUCAUAGUUUUUUUCACUUGGCCUGCUAAUAGCAAAGACCGUGUUCAAGGAAAUGGAGGAGGAGAUUUUGUUUUGUCAUCAGAACUUAAGGGGUCUUCUCCUAACUUCGAUUUCAUAUGCACCAAAUGCAACCCAAGUUUCUGCAUAAACGAACAUGCUUUUGAGCUUUUUGAGUCUAUUUUUCCUCUGCUCCCUUUCUUGAAAUCUAAGAUUGGCAGUUUCAAACCAUUAAUUAUCACUGGAAACUCUCUGGGAGGAUCUGUUGCCUCUCUUUUCACCAUUUCGCUACUAGAAACACUCAAAUUUUCAUCCACCAAACGCCCAUUCUGCAUCACUUUUGGUUCACCCCUUAUUGGUGAUGAAGGCCUGCAAAAAGCCAUAUCAAGCUAUCAAGCAUGGAACUCUUGCUUUUUGCAUGUAGUUUCUGACCAGGAUCCAGUUCCUAGAGUCUUAAUUAAUGGUUACAAGCCUUUUGGCACAUUUCUCUUAUGUUCGGAGUUGGGUUGUUCUUGUUUUGAGAACCCUCAAACCAUUUUGGAGUUGUUGAUGGCAGCCUAUUCAGGGAGUCCUGAAAAUCAAGAUCCUAAUAAGGUUUUUGAGUCCUAUGGAACACUUGUGGAACAUCUCAACCGUAAGGUACUUUGCAAGGAUGCUACAGAUCAUGAGUCGUUAAUUGAUUGGACUAAAGGACCAUUACGGGCAGGCAUUAUUACACAACUUGCAGCAAUUGGACUGAUGCAAUUACAGCAACCGCCAAACGUUGACAUCAACAUUAUCAUUACAAAGAUAGAAAGUGUGGCAAAAAGUGAGGCAAUUUUGAACUCGUGUUUUGUUAAUCCCAUCAGGGGGUUGAAUGAAAUUAAAGUGUAUAUGGCCUAUUUUGAAUGGUAUAAGAAGAAUUGUAAAGAAAAAGGAGUUGGAUACUAUGAUGCAUACAAGGACUCGAAUAAUAUUUCUGAUAUUGAAGCCGAAUCUAUUAAGCGUUCCCUCACAACUUACUGGAAUGAAUUGGUUGAUCAAGAAGAGAAAAGGCCUCGGACAGUAGGAGCGUCCCAUCGUACCAAUUCACUCUUUGGGGGAACAAAUUACCGAAGGAUGAUUGAACCACUGGACAUAGCUAAUUACUACAACGCAGGCAAACAAGACUACAUAAAUAAAGGAAGGUCUAAACAUUACAUAAACUUGGAGCAAUUGCUGAAAGAAAUGGAGAAACCUUCAAGUGGUCCAAAUGAAAUAAAGAGACAGAAUAUGGUGUCAAGUCUGACAAAGGAUUCUUGCUUUUGGGCUCAUGUUGAGGAGGCCCUCAUUUCAUGCAAAGUGUUGAGUAGCAAAGGAUCAAGUGUUGAGGAGAAAAACUCUGCAAAGGAAGAACUGUUUGAGUUUGAAAAGUAUGUAUUGGAUUUGAUGAAAAAUUAUGCAGUAUCACCUGAGAUUUUCUUACCUAGGAGCAGCUUCAUGAAAUGGUGGGGAAAGUAUAGAGAUAUUAUGGGAACUUCUUAUAGUUCAAGUCUCACUAACUGGCUGAAGAAUGACAACAAUUACAAGGCAUAUGCUAAAGGCUGCCUAGAUAUUCCUUAAAGUUUUGUAUGAUAGAAAUUUGCAUAUUUUAAUAUAUGUGUGCACUUCCCUUCAAACAUGUGUGGUAUUUUCAAGUCAUUACCCAAUAAGUUGUAAAAUGAGAACAUCAUCUUUUCAACUUUUUAAAAUUUUAUAUUAUAUUAUAAAUUUUUCAUGUCUUUCUUUUGCUAUUU